AUGAAAAGCAUAACAACCUAGGUGAAUUUCUAAUUCAGCUCUAGUAAUGACUUUUAGAAAUUAGGGUCUCUACAUGGAUUUUGGCAGAAUAGAAUAGAAAUUCAUUCAAAAAUAGAUGCAUGUAACAAUAAAGGUUAAUGUAAUAUAUUGAAAAUAGGGUUUAUAUUUGUUUUAAUAUAAAUAAAGACAAUACCUGGAUUAAACAGCUGUAUUAGACAUUUUUCUUAUUUUAUUAUUUAUUUACUGUAUGAAGGACCAAUUUUAAUUUUGAAUAAAUGA